CCCGCUCGCUCGCCGCCGUCGCGCUCACCGCCGCCAACAUGCUGCCGAGACUGGGCGGCCCCGCGCUGCCGUUGCUGCCGCCGCUGCUGCUGCUGCUGCUGGGCGCGGGCGGCGGCGGCCGCGGGGCGCGCGCCGAGGUGCUGUUCCGCUGCCCGCCCUGCACGUCUGAGAGCCUGGCCGCCUGCAAGCCCCCGCCCGCCGCGCAGCCCGCCGCCGAGGCCGGGCCGGCCGGCGACGCCCGCGUGCCCUGCGAGCUGGUCCGGGAGCCGGGCUGCGGCUGCUGCUCCGUGUGCGCCCGGCUGGAGGGCGAGCGGUGCGGCGUGUACACCCCGCGCUGCGGCCAGGGGCUGCGCUGCUAUCCCCACCCGGGCUCCGAGCUGCCCCUGCGGGCGCUGGUCCACGGCGAGGGCACUUGCGAAAAGCACGGGGAUGCCGAGUACAGCGCCAGCCCCGAGCAGGUUGCAGACAAUGGCGAGGACCACUCUGAGGGAGGCCUGGUCGAGAACCACGUGGACGGGAACAUGAACUUGUUGGGAGGUGGAGGUGGUGCUGGCCGGAAGCCCCUCAAGUCGGGCAUGAAGGAGCUGGCCGUGUUCCGGGAGAAGGUCACGGAACAGCACCGGCAGAUGGGCAAGGGUGGCAAACAUCACCUCGGCCUGGAGGAGCCCAAGAAGCUGCGGCCGCCGCCUGCCAGGACCCCCUGCCAGCAGGAACUGGACCAGGUGCUGGAGCGGAUCUCCACCAUGCGCCUUCCCGACGAGCGGGGGCCCCUGGAGCACCUCUACUCCUUGCACAUCCCCAACUGUGACAAGCAUGGCCUGUACAACCUCAAACAGUGCAAGAUGUCUCUGAACGGGCAGCGUGGGGAGUGCUGGUGUGUGAACCCCAACACCGGGAAGCUGAUCCAGGGGGCCCCAACCAUCCGGGGGGACCCCGAGUGUCAUCUCUUCUACAACGAGCAGCAGGGGGCUCGCGGGCUACACACCCAGCGGAUGCAGUAAACCUACAGCCAGCCGCCGGUGCCUGGCACCGCCCCCCACCCCUCUCCAAAGCUGGCAGAGCAAGGAGAGCGCUUGCGUGGUGGGUGGAGGGAGGAUUUUCCAGGAGUUCUGACACGUGUAUUUAUAUUUGGAA